UGAACGCUGAGGGACAACCAGAACACUCGCACAGCACAGGGUCCCUGGUCGCCAGUCCAGAGCCGCUUGGAAGUGACAGAGAUGUCGCGAGCAGCGGGUAGCCGCCUAGGGCUGUCUGGGGGACAAGUGGUCUCUGUAUCCCGGCUCCUGUCACUGCUGCUGCUCCUCGCCUGCUUCGCGGACGCCUGCAGAGGUGCUCCAAUACCAAACCAAAGAUUAGAGCCAGAGCAAGAACUACAAUUGUGGAAUAAGGUGCAUGAAGCUUGUUCAUCCUUUCUGUCUAUUGACUCCCAAGCUGAGGCAUCCGCUGCACUGAGGGAGUUUUGCCGUGUGAUGACGGAGAUCCGCCAGAAGCCUCAGGAACAAAAUGAGAAAGAUAAUGCUAAGAGGUUCUUAUUUCAUUAUUCAAAGACAGAGAAGUCGGGAAACUCAAAUAUUGUGUCCUCUGUCGUGCAUCCGUUGCUGCAGCUCGUUCCUCAACUCCAUGAGAGAAGAAUGAAGAGAUUCAAGGAAGAAUUCCGGAGUCCUUUUGCUGGUCAAAGUAGGGGAUACUUUUUAUUCAGGCCACGCAAUGGGAAGAGGUCAACAGGUUUCAUUUAAAAUGAUGUCGACUGAUUUUCCAUUGAAGCAGUGCGAUAAGAUACAUAAUAUACUUACAUUUUGUUUUAAAAAAUGAUUCCUCCUAAAUUUACUUUGUUGCAAACCCCUGCUUUGUAACA